AUGCCUCAAUAUUUUUGUCACCAAUGUCAUCGUUCAUUUGAUAUUGAUGCGUCAGCCGCAGUUGCUUGCACUAGAUGCCAUGGCGAGUUCGUUGAGCUUGUCAACAGACCAGCAAUGAUCGCAGCGGCAAUGCCGGGAGGGUUUCAAGCUCUUAACCAAUUGGCUGAAAUGUUUCGCAAUGGAAUGGAGAGGUUCGGAGCUCAACAACCAGCGCAACCAACAGAAGGCGCUGAAGCUGCUGCUCGCGCAGAAGCUGGUGGAAAUGCACCUGCUGCUGGAGAGCCUGGAAAUGAGGGAUCAGCACUCCGAGAGUUUAUGGACAGCAUGUUCAGACCAGAGCAACGCAAUGGUGAUGGUCCGCAAAAUGUGACGUUUUCGUUCCAAAUGCCAGGAGGCGUUGGUGUUCAGAUACAUACACAUAGAGCAGGAAACGGCCAGGAUGGAGACAACGAUCAGGCGGAUUUGGAUACCACUAUGGCAGAAAUCCUCGCACAGUUCAAUGGCGGCGAAGGCGUCGGUGCAAUGGUUCAACGUGGAUUCUCAGAAAAUGAAAUUAGAGAAUAUCUUCCAAUGAAGAAAGUCACUAAAGAGCAUAUAGACAAUGGAGCACAAUGUACUACAUGCUUCGACACAUUCAAACUGGGAGAAGAUGUUGGAGCACUUGACUGCAAUCACAUAUUCCAUCGCCCGUGUAUUGAGCCGUGGCUCAAAACUAAAAACUCUUGUCCAGUGUGCCGUCAAAAAGUUGACAUGCACGACUGGAAAAUAAGACAUCAAAGACAGGCUCAGGAAGCUGUUCUUGAGGAUCUCGACUAA